AAUUCCUGUUUGUUUCCUUGUUGGCCUGUAUAUAAGUGGUGCUACCCCCUAGCUUUCCAGAUCCUAGACACUCACCUGAGACAUUCAAGCCAACAGGAGUCCAGUUCACCGGCAGAAACAAUGUUGACCAUUUCUCUUCUUGUCUGUGUCGUCGUCGCUCUGAGCGGAGCAACAGAGGCCCAAAAGGAGACCAGUAUGGAGCAGGCGCUCCCUAAGAACGAGGUUAUCCCUGCACCAGCAGAGGAAAUACCAGAGGAGGUGAUGACUGAGUCAAAGACCAGCUCGGAGGAGGAAGAGAAGGCUCUAAAGAGGGAGAUGGCAGAGGAGGAGGCGGCGGGAGCAGAGUUGGUGGGUACUGGUGUGGAGAGCAGGAGUUACUGUCCACCUGGAUGGUCCAGAUAUGGAUCCCGUUGCUUCCUCUACAUUAACAGUCCCAGAUCCUGGCCCCGGGCAGAGCAAUAUUGUGUGCACUUUGGAGCCAACCUUGCCUCCGUCCACAGCUCAAACGAGUAUUACUUCAUCCAGGAGGUUGUGAGGAGGAGGACUGGUGAAUUUCCUCGCACCUGGAUUGGAGGCAUUGAUGCCGUUCAGGAAAAUCUGUGGUUCUGGAGCGACGGUUCCAGGUUUGACUACCAGAACUGGUUGAGAGGAGAACCCAAUAAUUCCGCAGGCGGAGAACAUUGCAUUGAGAUGAACUUUGGAGACCCGAAACAGUGGAACGAUUCCAUCUGCGGUGGUCAGCGUGGUUUCGUUUGUGCCAAGACGCUCAACGACUGCUUCUGCUCAACAUCCACUGAAAGCUGAAAGUGUGUUGUGAGAACUGCCAGUGUUGAUACUUUCACCUGUUUAAGUGCCUAUCCAACGCUAUAACAUGGAACAAAUCCAAAUAUAAUUGUUCUGUCUUUUGCAAAAGCGACAAUGCAAUGUCUCUUUACAGGGGAGCUUACUCAGACACAGUGGCUAAAACAAAUCUUUACAGAUUGAGCAGUGAAGUUUUUUAUACAUUCUAUAAUAAGAAUUAAAAUGUGUUCUGAGGCAUGGGGAAAUGCUUCUGACUCAUGACAUUAAUUUUCUUUCUCGGUCAUUCUGAAACUGCCUCUGCUGCAUAUUAUGUGAUGCAGCAGAAAGAGUGGUAAUCUCAAGAAACAUCAAUGUGGCACUCUUCCUACAGAUGAUGUGAUAUUCAUUGAUACUGUUGUAGCCAUGUUGUACAUUUAUGAGUCAAAUGACUUUUUUAUAGUGGCUAAGGAUUUUUUUUUACACUUUUUUAGGCAACGUGAUAUUUACAAUGUUAUGUAAAAUGUAACUGAUUCUCAUUUUUGAAUAAAGGAAGUGAAUAAUGA